GUCGACACCCCGGCAUGCCCUGACGUCAUCGUGACGCGCCUGCAGCUGCUGUUUGUUGAUUAAACGUUGUUAGAAGGUUCGUGAAGGUUCUGAGUGAAACCGGGACCUGAAAACACACCGGACCGACCGGACCGAACCGAACAAACACGUGGUACCGACCAGCGUGAGACAUGUCCCGACACGGCGCGAGGAACGGAGUACCGGACAGGUGGCUGGAUUACAGAGCUGUGGGGAAAAGACUUCCUGGGACUCGGUUCGUGGCCUUCAAGGUGCCGCUCAAACAGUCUUUGAACCGUCAGCUCUCGCGCUCAGAUGUCUUCGGGCCGUGGGAGCUGCUGGACGCUCUGAACAGAGAGAAGCAAGAGCUCGGUCUGAUCAUCGACCUGACCUUCACCUCACGCUACUACGAAGUCCAGGACGUACCGGAGUCGCUGCUGUUCGUGAAGAUCUUCACGGCCGGUCACGCGGUUCCCAGUGACGACACCAUCCUGAGCUUCAAGCGCGCCGUACGCCGGUUUCUACGAGACAACGUCGACAACGAUAAGCUGAUCGGCGUUCACUGCACCCAUGGUCUGAACCGCACCGGCUACCUGAUCUGCAGGUAUCUGAUAGACGUGGACGGGAUGGAUCCCAAAGAGGCCGUGGAGCUGUUCAACUCGUCGCGGGGACACGCCAUCGAGCGAGAGAACUACCUGGAUGACCUGCAGCGUGGGCCAAAGAGGAGUAACGACGGGAUGGAGGACGCCGGACAGGAGCCAAAGAGAGGACACGCUGCACGUCGUCCGUCAGACUCCGACAGACGGGAGGACAGACGGGAGGACAGACGACCUCACUACAAUGACUCCAGGAACCACAGAUCUUCUCCACCAAGAAGAACGAAUCACCGCUCGUAUCACCACGGCCUCCUUCCCAGUCCUCCAUUACAACAUCCUCCACCUAUGAGAGCCCCUCUCCACCAGGACCACCACCCGUACAGAUGGACCCCACCUCAUGCUGACGCCCAUUGGAGGAGACCCUCCCACUCAGAGGACAGCAGGUCCAGAUAUCGUCCAGCAGAGCGGGACUGGAGUCCAUCCUCCCGCCGGCACGAGGACAGGAGGAGAGCUCCUCCUCCUCCUCCUCCUCUCCCACGCUACUCCGUACGCUGGACCAACGAGUCCAACGGCAUGCGUGAUGGACAUGACGAGGAGUGGGCCGGCCGUCCAAUGAGAUCUCACAGAUUCGCCCACAGAGUCGACACAUACGACAACUACUAGUCCAACAGAGACAUCACCCUGAACACGCUGUUCAUCUGUCUGAAGACGUCAUGAGACAACGUGUUUUACGGAUCCGGAAUGUUUUUAAUUAUUCAAAGUAUUUGGAUCGAGACUCUGUAUCUACAGAUCUAAUAUUUGUAAUCAGCAGCUGAUAUCAGUGACUAGUCCAGCAGCAGUCAGCCCAGAACCAGAACCAGACCCAGACCCAGACCCAGCAGCAGCUGAUCUCACUGCCUAGUCCAGCAGCAGUCAG